ACCAAGUCAGACUCAACUUUACAACAGUGAGAAGGCAGUGAUUUGCAAUGUGCGCUGUCACUCGUUUUUCGAUGGAAAAAUCGGAAAACUUUCGAUGGUAAAUCUGUGCAGUAAUUUGAGUUUAGCCAGGUAAACGUUUUCAACUUUUUCUUUGUGUUUUUUGUGUGGAAAAGUUACAGAUACAGUUCGGUAGAUAUGCGCGUUGUUGUAUUGCACAGUGUGUCCUUCCGAAACAUCAAAAAGAAGUGUACAGUUUCUGGAGAUUACGAUAGAUAGCUGUUGGGAUAACUUUACCAAAUUUACUUUUGGACUCACUUUGACUAACUUUCGAUGAUCGAGGUUUCGAGUUUCGCUCUCCGAAAAACUCUGGAUUGAUUUUGGGCUCUUUGAGUUUAAUCUUUUUAUACAUAUUUUUUUCUCUGGCAAAUACUUUUUGGAUUGUUUUUGGAAUAAACAUGGAUCCGAGCCAACACAACCCCCCAGCCGGCCACCAGAUCAUCCACGUCCGUGGCGACUCCGAGACUGACCUGGAGGCCCUUUUCAACGCUGUUAUGAACCCGAAAAAUACCAUCGUCCCCCCCUCCGUCCCUAUGAGGAUGAGGAAGCUUCCCGAUUCCUUCUUCAAACCGCCAGAGCCAAAAUCCCACUCCAGACAAGCCAGCACAGACGCAGGUACGGCUGGUGCCAUCGCCCCCCACCACGUGCGCGCCCACUCGUCCCCGGCCUCCCUGCAGCUAGGGGCAGUAUCUCCCCUGUUAGGCAUGGUCCCUGCUGGUGCCCCAUCACACCUCCGACAGUCGUCUUAUGAGAUCCCGGAGGACAUGCCUGCCCCGGGCUGGGAGAUGGCCAAGACCCCCUCUGGACAAAGAUACUUCCUCAACCAUCUUGACCAGUCGACCACCUGGCAGGACCCUCGUAAGGCCCUCCUACAGAUGAACCAGGCCCCUCCCACCAGCCCUGUACCAGUCCAGCAGCAGAACAUCAUGAGCACUGCUAGUGGUCCUCUUCCUGACUGCUGGGAACAGGCCAUCACCUCAGAGGGAGAGAUCUACUACAUCAACCACAAGAACAAAACCACCUCCUGGCUCGACCCGCGACUCGACCCGCGCUACGGCCUGAACCAGCAGCGUAUCACCCAGAGUGCUCCAGGUAAGCAGGGGGGUCAGCUGCCCUCCAGUCCCCAGAGCGGAGGAGUCAUGGUGGGCAGCAACCCGAUGAGGCUCCAGCAGCUGCAGAUGGAGAAGGAGAGGCUGAGGCUGAAACAUCAGGAGCUGCUACGCACCAGGCCACAGGAGCUGGCUUUGAGGACCCAACUACCUGUCAGCAUGGAGCAGGACGGGGGAACCGUCAACCCUGUGUCGUCCCCUGGGAUGGGCCAGGAUGCCAGAACCAUGACAACCAACAGUUCUGACCCAUUCCUCAACAGUGGGACCUACCACUCCAGGGAUGAGAGCACAGACAGCGGUCUGAGCAUGAGCAGCUACAGCGUCCCGCGUACCCCCGACGACUUCCUCAACAGUGUGGACGAGAUGGACACUGGGGACGCCCUGCCGGCCUCCAUUGGGACGCAGCCCAGCCGUUUCCCUGACUACCUGGACACCAUCCCGGGGACGGACGUGGACCUCGGCACGCUGGAGAGCGAGAGCAUGGCCAUGGAGGGGGAGGAGCUCAUGCCUAGUCUCCAGGAAGCCCUUAGCUCCGACAUCCUGAACGAUAUGGAGUCAGUCCUGGCCGCCACAAAGAUUGACAAGGAGAGCUUCCUCACAUGGUUAUAACGUGGUUAUAACGUGGUUAUAACACGUUUAUAGAACAAGCUGGACCCUCAUAUGGUAUACAGCGGGGGGUUCCCAAACUUUUUUUUUUCUCUCUGUGACCUACUAACUGAGGUGGGUGUUGAGUCGUGACCCACCAAUAGGACUUGAGCAGUGGAACUACAUAUUCUGACCUACAGAACCACUUGUAUAUUAGGAGAGGGAUGACAGGAGCCUGGUAUGGGAUGAUGGGUUCUAGAGAGAGAGAGAGAGACGCUACAUCCUCUCCGCACUAAGUCUACACUCUGAACUGCUGCCUAGUCAAACUAGAUGAUUUGAUACAACAAAGACAUUUCAACCAACCUUCUUCCUCCCUGGACAUGUAUGAUAUCUGUCGUCGGUCAGCAUACACAAUGAUAGCUGGCUGAACUCUCUUUUCGACAGUGCUACUCUGUUAUUUAUGCUUGUUUCUAUAUCUUACUUUUUUGUUGUCUGUGUCUUCAAGGCUGGCCCAUGAACAGACAAUUUAUUCAAGGGUCCCCAAAUCUUUUCACACGGCUAGCCUUGUCCUUCAUCUAGGACUAUACCUGGAGCAGGAGAGCUGCUCAUUCUUCGACCCCACCAUCACUUCAAGGGAGUCUUUACCUGCUGGCCGGCCGGCUGGCACUAGGCAAGGCAAAGGGCUUGGUGCUCUCCUUCUCCCCUAACCCCCACGACCCCCAGACUGUAUCUGAGCUGGGCAGCUUCCUCCAUGUGCUCCUCUCCCCUUGCCCCCAGGCUGACUGCUGAGAGAGAUCUGGCUGUUGGACGAGACUAGUACUCUGCAUACAUACAGACAGACGGACAUACAGACAGACGGACAUACAGAGACAGAAAGACAGAGACUGACGGACGGGCGGACGAACGGGAAGACAGGACUUCCACAACCAGCAGUGACCACCCGGAGCUUCUUGUUCUGGUGCCUUUACUCUACAACAAAUGUGCAAAAUGUGCAAAUCAAGCAUUUUGGCCUGCAACUAUCACAACAAAAAAAGGAGGGACUGUCUAGUCCACAACACAGUGAGAAGCGGCAGCAGCUCAACCUUUCGUAGCUGUCUGGGACGACUCCUGCUUCCUGCCGUCUCAUUCAAAGUGUCUUGGGAAAAUGUAUGAACAUCAUAUACUCCUGCUUCCUGCUUCCUGGCUUUUUUUCUUUUUAUUAAUGUCUUUUACAUUUUUAUAGUUUUUAUUUGUUGUUAUUAACGAUGAGUCUGGGAAAACCAAAAAUGAUGUAUCUGAAGUUAGGGAAAGAACUACUGAUUUGGAAGGUUAAGUUAGGUUAGGUUAAGUUAGGUUAAGUUAGAUUAGGUUAAGUGAGGUUAGGUUAAGUUAGGUUAGGUUAAAUUAGGGCUAAAUCCCAAUUGGCACUUAUUCCCUACACAGUGCACUACUUUUGACCAGAGCUCUGUGGCCACUGGUCAAAAUUAGUGCACUAUAUAGGGAAUAGGGUGCCAUUUGGGACAAAGUCUAGGUUACACAUGUUAGGACAUGUUAGGACCGUGUGGUGGUGAUGGGGGAUGGGCUGGAGCAGGACAUGUUAGGACCGUGUGGUGGUGAUGGGGGUGGGCUGGAGCAGGACAUGUUAGGACCGUGUGGUGGUGAUGGGGGGUGGGCUGGAGCAGGACAUGUUAGGACCGUGUGGUGGUGAUGGGGGGUGGGCUGGAGCAGGACAUGUUAGGACCGUGUGGUGGUGAUGGGGGGUGGGCUGGAGCAGGACAUGUUAGGACCGUGUGGUGGUGAUGGGGGUGGGCUGGAGCAGGACAUGUUAGGACCGUGGUGGUGGUGAUGGGGGUGGGCUGGAGCAGGACAUGUUAGGACCGUGUGGUGGUGAUGGGGGUGGGCUGGAGCAGGACAUGUUAGGACCGUGUGGUGGUGAUGGGGGUGGGCUGGAGCAGGACAUGUUAGGACCGUGUGGUGGUGAUGGGGGGUGGGCUGGAGCCUGGGCCGGGGACCUCGUAUACUAAAACCAUACCGCUGCUUGGCUGUGCCAGCGUGUCUAUAACUUAAACCUGUCAUUGUCAAAUCAAGUGGCUUCAGUUGUAUUUCUUUGGGAGAAGAAGAGGAACAAAAGCAAAAAAGCAACACCAAGUUUUCUGUAUUGUAGUGUAUUGUAGUGUAUUGUAGUGUAUUGUGUAUCGUGACGUCGAGCAAUAAUGAUGUAUCUAAGAAAUUGUAUUAUUGACGAACAAACCACACUCUCCUCUACUUACCCUAAUGUUCAAUAAUCAAAAGUAUAUUUCUGUUGUUAAAGGUUUUAUAAAAACGUGUUAUUAUGAUGGGGCUUUUUUUUAAUGAAUCCUAUCUUCUUUAUAUUUCAGUCUUAUUCAAGCCUGAUUCACUGUUGCUUUGUUGUAUCUUUUAGUAAUCUUCUAUGUUUGUUAGGUUAUUACAUGAUAUUAGAUCAAAUUGCUUUUUUUGGUUUACUUUAGCUUGUUGUUUUAUAGGUGGAUUGAUAUGUUUUAACCGGGUCACCUUUCAGCACAUCACUAACUGACAUGGGAUCUUUACAAACACAGACAUAUUCCGUUACACAUUUUGUAAUGAUUUGAUCAAUAUUGGUGUUAUUGUAUCCUUAUCGAUCACACACACUCUGCUUUCAUGCUUCCCCUAUUAGGUUAAGAUAUUCUUAAUCAAUAACCAAAAAAAAUAAAAAAUAAAAAUAAUAACAAGAAAAACAAAAGGCACUUUGGAUCAAUAAGAACUGGUUUGAUAUAGUUGCAUCCCAAAUGGCACCCUGUUCCCUACACAGUGCACUACUUUAGACCAAGGCCCAAAGGGAUCUGGUCAAACGUAGUGCACUAUAUAGGGAAUAGGGUGCCUUUGGGGAGACAGCCACAGCCCUUGAUGCCUUGCUAUAGACCUGCUGUGCUGCUGAAACAAGAUGGUGGUUAGGACCGGUUUUAGCUGGUUAUAGAAGAGUAUGUCACGAUGGUUAGAGAAGUAACACUAGAGUCAGAGGUUACAGCUGGGGUUUGAAUUUGAAUGAGUGGUAAGUGUGAGUUACAGCACGUGGGCUCUAGUUGGUGUACAGUUAGAAUUUCUCCUCGUGAAAAAAACAACAACAAACAAACAAUCAGCUAUGGUUUUACAGUCAGGAAUUGUUGUGACAGAUUCCAAAGAGUUAUUUUUUUUCUUUUUUUUUUUCGAAUGGUUCUUCUUCCAACUUGAUGAUGAAUCUAAUUUCACAGGCGACAAACAAAAUGAUAUUGUUAUUAUCAACCUCUGUCCAUCUAUGUAUCUAUCUACACAUGUAUAAGCUAAUGAGAACGUGUCAAUUAGGUAGGGUUUUCAAGGUAAUAGAGGCGGAAUUUCAAUUUCUAGACAUGAUGGUCAUUUUGAUUUAACUAAACUGUGAGGAUUCUAAAGGAUUCCAGGAGUUCUAGAAUAGAACCAGACAAGUACGUGAUUCUUCCUGAGAGUUGUUUUUUUUUUUGGUCACGUGUUUGUUGACAUUCUUCCAGAACAAGAGAACACUACAGUGCUUUUCCUGUUAAAAGUUUGGUGGUUGAAUAAAUAGAUGUAUUUGUCACAUAAGCGUGAUUUUAUGCUUAGCUAGUUUUGUUAGACUAUAGUUAACUGUUUGACUGUCUUUGUAGCGUAGUACUAAUCGCUCACAUUUAAAGGAUUGGUAUUUAGA